CAGUCUGUCUGUUUUCAUUGUUGGGUUGACGUCUCCUCUUUAGAAUGAAUAUCAGCUUGAAGUUUUAACAUUUAUAAUAUCUCUACAAAGCAGGACAAAGUUAAGAGUUAUGUCAUAAUGUCAAUAAGUGUAUGUGUUUUGUGUGUAUUUUAUUAAUUUCGGGAGAGGGCAAUGUGCGUGCGUGUUUUUUGUUUUUUUUAUUUUUAUUUUUUGUUUGUGUGUUUGUUCUUUUUUGCUGAAGUGGUUUUUGGUCGAUAUAUAUUUGCGUAAAAUGAGUUCUGGGAACCAGGUUUUUUAAGAAAAACAUUUUUCAAUCCCUAAUUGGCCCCCAGGAUAAAAAUGAAAAUUCCGAAACCUAUUUACUAGACACCACCAUUGGUAUUCCAAAAGCUGAAUUGGCUUUUGCUUAAAAUGUAAAUAUAAGGGGGUGCUUGAGAAAGAAGACGGACAGACGGACCGGGCUAACAACACUGGACUUUCUUUAUAAGUGUGGGUAUAGCAAGCUCAGCUUUGUAUGUGUAUAUAUAUAAAUAAAGUUGAAAUUAUUUGUUUUAUAUUGCGAAAGUGUAACUGAAGAUUUCAUUACCAUCUCUAUUGUUCAAAAUUACAUUAAAAAAGAGGAAGAGGAGGAUAAAAACCUUUCUUUAACAAUCUGUAAAACACAUUUAAUCAUUUCAUGCACAAUUUGUUCUUUCACCACGGUGGGUAUUUUAUUUACCAAUUAUUCAGAAUGACGGUGGAGUGAAUAUUAAUAUCCAUGUCACCAUGAUAAUGCUAUUGAUCAACUGUUUGUAUAUAAAUAGAGGAGGAUGACAUAUUCGUGCAAUAGCUGGAAGCGGGGACUACAAUCCACAGGUAUUUUUCUACUCAAAAAAUAAGUUCGAUUCUUUUAAAAGAUUCGAGUCACAUCUAUAUUUGGUCCGUGUGUCUGUCCUUAACGUUUGAAAUACAUAAGACAAUGACGCAAUGUUUUCCAUUUGAGAAUUUUUCACCAAUAUAAAGACGCUACCAGCUGUAAACAAAAGUGCUGCAAACUUUGACCUACCGAUAUGCUUGAGGAUAAUUCUUUGUCGCGCCAACGCUUACUGUGACUAGGGACCUUUGUUUAUAAGGACGUUAUGGAAUAUCAAAGGAGGUAUCAACAACUUGCAUUUGUAAUCAUUCUAAUGUCAUCAUGCGUCGUAGGUUUAACUGAAUCGAGAACUUCUACUGAAGAAAACGUUUAUCCACUAUCACUUCUAGAGGGCAAAUCCUGGUGGAACAAGAGGUCUAUUGGCAACCCAGUGAAACGCAUUGGAAACAAACUUUCUGAAGAUGAUUGUGACUGUCAGACUUCCCUACAAAUCCACAGAUGUUAUGCUACAAACUGUGCCCCACGCUUCCUCCACUGCAUACGCAACACCAGCAAUGAACAUCAUUACUCUGUGUGCCAGGGAGGACACAAUUUGUGUCUGUCCAAAUGUUAUCGAUUGGAAAAAGACAGAUUCUAA